AUGAAGCGCGAAGCGCUAGACCCGGUCAACGAGGGUGAUAAUGUGAACACCAAUCUCGCUGACGCCGAUAUUGCCAAUGCCAGCGACAACGCGAACCUUCCUGCUCCCACUUCCAUGGGCUUGGCUAGCCAGAAUGUCAACACCUCUCCCGACGCUGUACAUGGACAGCCUACUGCUACCGCAACCCAAGAUGCUGCUUCAGCUAGCGCAGCAGCAGCUCCAUUCGGCGGCCGGCUGCGAGUGCGGGACCCUUUUUCUGGCCGACUCGUUCGGGUACCCCAGAUGCGGCCGUCGGUUCACGCUCAGGAGCUCGCGCGCUCGUGUGAGUCACCUCAUUACAUAUUGUUCAUCGAUAUCCUUACUAACCUCACUAAAGCACUACCAGACUCAGCACCCCGUUACGAACUGAGCUCAGGUGCGAUGCGUCCGUGA